AUGGUCGUAGCUUACCUCAUGAAGCUGCGUUCCAUGAGCUUUGAACAGGCGUUGGCUUUUGUAGCUGAACGCCGUUCAAUAGCCAAUCCCAACGAGAGCUUUCGACGCCAAUUGCAGGAAUAUGAACGUCGCCUCCAGCGCAGUGCACCGAAGGAUAAAAGUGCUCGCGUUGCUCGUGGCCCCGCUGGGCCACAACUGCCUCCUGGUGCAGCGAAUAAAGGCAAUGGCGAUAACGAGAAGCGGACAGCCUCUAUUGGGCCACAACUGCCGCCACACCUCAAACGAAACAUAGAGGCAAAAAGAGGUCAUUGGACCAAGCCUCCCCUCUCGCCUGAAACGUCAUCGGGAAGACACUAA